UCGCUACUGGGCCUGAGAGUGGAGAGGGGCCUGAGAGUGGAGAGAGGCCUGCGCCCGGGAAGAUAUCGCUAUGUCGAUCGAAAUCGAGUCUUCGGAUGUGAUCCGCCUCAUCAUGCAGUACCUGAAGGAGAACAGUUUACAUCGGGCAUUAGCCACCUUACAGGAGGAGACUACUGUGUCUCUGAAUACCGUGGACAGCAUUGAGAGUUUUGUGGCUGACAUUAAUAGUGGCCAUUGGGAUACUGUUUUACAGGCUAUACAGUCUCUGAAAUUGCCAGACAAAACCCUCAUUGACCUCUAUGAACAGGUUGUUCUGGAAUUGAUAGAGCUCCGUGAGUUGGGUGCUGCCAGGUCACUUCUGAGACAGACUGACCCCAUGAUCAUGUUAAAACAAACGCAGCCAGAGCGGUAUAUUCAUCUGGAGAACCUCUUGGCCAGGUCUUAUUUUGAUCCUCGUGAGGCAUAUCCAGAUGGAAGUAGCAAAGAGAAGAGAAGAGCAGCAAUUGCCCAGGCCUUAGCUGGGGAAGUCAGUGUGGUGCCUCCAUCUCGUCUCAUGGCAUUGCUGGGACAGGCACUGAAGUGGCAGCAGCACCAAGGGUUGCUUCCUCCUGGUAUGACCAUAGAUUUGUUUCGAGGCAAAGCAGCUGUCAAGGAUGUGGAAGAAGAAAAGUUUCCUACACAGCUGAGCAGGCAUAUUAAGUUUGGUCAGAAAUCACAUGUGACAAAAAAAAAAAAAAAAAAAACACAUGUGGAGUGUGCUCGAUUUUCUCCAGAUGGUCAGUAUCUAGUCACUGGGUCUGUUGAUGGAUUCACUGAAGUAUGGAACUUUACUACUGGAAAAAUAAGGAGGGAUCUUAAGUACCAGGCCCAGGAUAACUUUAUGAUGAUGGAUGAUGCUGUCCUCUGCGUGUGUUUCAGCAGAGAUACAGAAAUGUUAGCAUCUGGGGCUCAAGAUGGAAAAAUCAAGGUAUGGAAGAUUCAGGGUGGACAGUGUUUAAGGAGAUUUGAAAGGGCACACAGUGAAGGUGUCACCUGUCUAAACUUUUCUAAGGAUAGCAGUCAGAUCCUUAGUGUCUCUUUUGACCAGACAAUUAGAAUUCAUGGUUUAAAAUCUGGGAAAACCCUGAAGGAAUUUCGUGGCCACUCCUUUUUUAACAAAGCAACAUUUACACAAGAUGGACAUUAUAUUUGCGCAUCCUCUGAUGGCACCGUAAAGAUCUGAAAUAUGAAGACCACAGAAUGUUCAAAUACCUUUAAAUCCCUGGGCAGCACUGCAGGGACAGACAUUACUGUCAACAGUGUGAUCCUGCUUUCUAAAAAUCCAGAGCACUUUGUAGUGAGCAAAAGAUCAAACACGGUGGUCAUCAUGAACAUGCAGGGGCAGAUUGUCAGAAGCUUCAGCUCUGGUAAAAGAGAAGGUGAUGACUUUGUUUGCUAUGCCCUCUCUCCCCGUGGUGAAUGGAUCUACUGUGUGGGGGAGGACUUUGUGCUCUACUAUUUCAGCAUAGUCACUGGCAAACUGGAGAGAACUUUGACAGUUCACGAAAAGGAUGUGAUUGGUAUUGCGCAUCAGCCUCAUCAGAAUCUGAUUGCUACCUACAGUGAAGAUGGACUCCUAAAGCCCUGGAAACCCUAA